GCUGGCCGGCAUCGGCUGCGCUGUGGGUCUCGGCAACGUCUGGAGGUUCCCUUAUCUGUGCUACAGGAGCGGAGGAGGUGCCUUUCUGGUGCCCUACCUGAUCAUGCUGUUUGUGUUGGGCAUCCCUCUGCUCUACAUGGAGCUGACUUUGGGUCAGUACAUGAGGAGAGGGCCGGUCCAUGCUCUGGCUAGUGUUUGCCCACUGCUGAAAGGAGUGGGCGUAGCAUCAGUGGCCAUCUCCUUCAUCAUGUGCAUGUACUACAAUGUGGUCAUCACCUGGGCCCUGUAUUAUCUCUUCAGCUCCUUCCAGGCGCCGCUGCCGUGGCAAAACUGCAACAACACCUGGAACACGCCUAACUGCACCACCCACGCCACCAACGACAGCAGCUUCUCCUCCACAGCGAGCCAGGAGUUCUUCAAAUAUAGGAUGCUGGAGCAGACUGCUGGCGUGCAUGAAGCGGGAACACUGCGAUGGCAGCUUUUCCUCAUCCUCAUUCUGGCUUGGAUCAUCAUUUAUCUUUGCAUCUUUAAGGGGGUGAAAUCAACAGGCAAGGUGGUGUACUUCACUGCCCUCUUCCCGUACGUUAUCCUGAUCGCCCUGCUGAUCAAUAACGUGCAGCUUCCCGGAGCGUUAAACGGGAUCAUUUUCUUCAUCGUGCCGGAACCUUCUGUGUUGCAGGUGUGGGUCAACGCUGCAGCUCAAAUCUUUAACUCCAUUGGGAUUGGUUUCGGCUCUCUCAUGGCCAUGUCCAGCUACAACUCCUUCAACAACAACAUCCUGAAGGACACACUGACUAUAUCCAUCAUCAACUCCCUCACCAGCAUCCUGGCUGGCUUCGUCAUUUUCUCUGCCCUGGGUUACAUGUCUUUUCUACAGAGCGUUCCUGUCAGCAAACUGGCUGUGGACGGUCCAGGACUGGUUUAUAUUGUUUACCCACAAGCCUUUGCCAACAUGCCAGUGUCUCAGCUCUGGGCUGUGCUGUUCUUCUUCAUGCUGCUUUGUCUUGGACUGGACAGUGAGUUUGCGAUGGUUGAAGUGAUGGUGACCAGUCUCAUGGAUGAAUUCCAUAAAGAAGUGAUGGCAAUUUUCAAGCGGAAGGAGUUCCUGGUUCUUGCAAUUUGCAUUUUUGCUUUACUUUUAGGAAUUCCUUGUGUCAUGCAGGUGGGAAUCUACGUCUUCCAGCUGAUGGACCAUUACACUGCCAUCGUGUCCAUCAUGUUCCUUGCAUUCUUUGAGGUUAUUGCAGUCUGUUGGAUUUAUGGUGUGAACCGACUCUCAGCCAACGUAAAAGAGAUGAACGGAUCAAGACCCAACAUCUUCUUCAGAGUGUGCUGGUUCAUAGUUGCUCCUGUGCUGAUCACUGUCAUCCUGAUUUUCUCCAUCAUCCAGUUCAAACCCGCCCGCUAUGAGCAGUAUGUCUUCCCUCCCUGGGCUCAGGGGGUCGGCUGGAUCGUCGCCUUGGGCUCCAUCAUCUGGAUUCCUGUGGGUGCCAUUCACACAUUGUGGGUGCUUCCUGGCACACUACUGGAGAAGCUGAAGCUGUCCAUCACUCCGUUCGCACUGAAUGGAAAAUCAAAGAUGCCCUAUUAUGAGAGGGGAGGACCAAGCGACUAUCCAGGAAUAGCUGUCAUCAGCGCCAACUCUGAGCUACCUGAAAAACCUCCAAGCCAGACUAAGUUCUGACACCUCAGCAUGUUUGCACAAAGCUUGCCGUGCCGCCAGCGGUGGCAGGUCAUUAUUAUGCUAAAGUUAAUCAACAGUUAAGCUUGCAAUUAGUCUUCAAUCUAAACUUCUGCUCAGAAGAUUGAACAGAAGUAUGUUACACAAAUUAUUUACAUGAUUGUGUCAGGGUUGCUGCACAUCUGCCAUGCAGAGUACUCCAGAUGGCCAUUUUUGUGAGUCUGUGAAUUCAAUUGGUAAGAUUAUUUUGUUGAACGUAUACAACCUUUUUAGCUCAUGUCUAAUAGAACAAUUGGAAGACGGUGUUUAGAAUCGGUUGCUGCCGUGUGCAUCUUCACUAUAUGGCAGGAGUGGGAUUUCACGGCUCUCCUCUACGGACUUUACUUGGCUAAGAGUGCCAUCUUUUGGUCACAUCUGUUAAAACAUGGGCUCAGGUACUUGGAUUUAAUAACAAAAUAUCAAAGUACUGCCAGUAUUUAAGAUUUACAGUCCAAAACUAUACUUUUGUAUUGAACCACUCCUCUUAAAAACAUAUAAAACUGUACAUUUAUUGUUGCUGACUCAUUUAUUAGGUCAAACGCAACAGAGCACUGCUGAAAAAAAAAAAUGAAAAAAGCUAAUAGUUAACAGAUCCUGGGUCAUGCAAACUGUAUGUCAUGUCAAAGUGUAAUAAAAAGCUGCAAAGUCCA